GAUCGGACGGCUGACACCGCGGCCCGGAUGUUUCUCCGGGACCAUAAAUGCGCCGCGGCCGCCUCCGCCCGCAAACCCUCGCAACGCUGCCGCGCCUCCGAGAGCCUCAUCUCCUCCACCCACUUGCGAGCGAGCUAGGGUUCCGAGAGCCGCCGGCGCCAUGUUGGUCUACCAGGAUCUGCUCUCUGGCGACGAGCUCCUCUCCGACUCCUUCCAGUAUAAGGAGAUCUUUGACGGCGUCCUCUGGGAGGUCGAGGGCAAGUGGGUCGUCAAAGGAGCUGUCGAUGUGGAUAUUGGUGCCAAUCCAUCUGCCGAGGGUGGUGAAGAUGAGGGUGUUGAUGACCAGACUGAAAGGGUUGUUGACAUUGUUGACACCUUCCGCCUCCAGGAGCAACCCACAUUUGACAAGAAAACAUUUGUGACUAACAUUAAGCGCUACAUCAAGAACCUCACUGGCAAGCUGGAGCCAGAGAAGGCAGAUGAAUUCAAGAAGGGCAUUGAGGGUGCCACCAAGUUCCUUCUUAGCAAGCUCAAAGAUCUUCAGUUCUUUGUUGGUGAGAGUAUGCAUGAUGAUGGAAGCCUAGUGUUCGCUUACUACAAGGAAGGUGCCACUGACCCGACAUUCCUCUAUUUUGCUCAUGGUCUGAAGGAGAUUAAGUGCUAGGCGGGCAUGCCCUCUUUACCUCAUGUUGCUUGUUAUCAUCUUUACCUCAUGUCGAUGGUUAUCAUCUAUAUAAUACUAUCCUAUUUUUGUUCUAGUAUGGAUUAUGUCAUGGAUGGUUAUGGAAAAACUGUUUUGGAAAAAAACUGUUGGAAGAAUGGAUUCGGAUUAUGACGUGAAAUGUUUUGGAAAAACUGAGAAGAUUGGAUUGGAGUUUUCCAAUAUCUA